GGAAAAAGAGAGAAUUGAGAAGUCAUUAAAAUCGGCAGAGUGAGAUAUGUUUCUUAUAUUGGAAAGAAUUACGGACGGUGGUGGACAAGAGGAAGUUUUCCCUGUUAAGGGAGAGAUUCCCAAGAUUUCCGAUGUUUUAAUGUGCAAAUGACGUGUGGUUUGACCCACAUACGAUGAGGAACAGCAUUGACACUUAAAUGAGAAUACAACACCAGAUGUCAGUAAAUAUUUGUUGGUUUUCUGCGCCCAUGCAACUCAAUGCAGCUAUCAGAAGUUCUUCGCAGCAAACGGACCGUUAUGGGGGAAGAAUUUUUACGUAUGGUAAAGAGAGUGGUCAUGCGUCUGGUCUGUAUGCAGAAGUGGGGGCUAUGCGAUUUCCCGGUGAUGCUAAUGAUCAUUCAGACAGACCGCAUUUUUUGGCGGACGGUUACAUCAAAAGUUUUAAUCUGUCCAUAAAACCUUUUCCUAACUUUGACAAAAAUGUCAUUACCUGCAUCUAUGGGUUUCACGAGAAAUCUGAAGUUUGGGCUGAGAAGCAUUUUAACAACAUUUGGCCGAACUGGAAAGAUGGCAUGAAUAAUGCCUUAAAAGACGAUAUUUUGGAUAUUGAAAAAUAUUUUGAUGAAACAAUCGGUGCUGUUACAGACCAGCUUUACACUUGGUUGUCGAAAUCAGAAAUUGUUCAUGAUCAAGUCAAUGCAUGGGGACGUUGGAUUGAAAUCUGGAGUCAGUUUACGUUGGAAAGCUUUCUUGAAAGUAAUAUCGAUGUAAUCAAAGCUAAAGCCUGUUGAAGAUAAAGCAGACUUGGAUUUAGUUAAGCUUGGAAAUCUUUUGCCAUGGUCGAAUGAUGCUGUUCGUGGUUAUUCUGUAUUUUGCUAUACGGAGCAGCUUGAUCAGUCACUGGGAUCCUAUCUUAAUUUUGAACUGGGAAAAUGGUGUUCUAGUGAAAUGCAUUGCUUGAAAGGAGGGAUGCAUAGUUUGCCGAGAGCGUUUUUCAACGAUGAAGGAUUGAGUAAGGAUGACAUAGAAUGCAAGAAACAGGUUUUCGAAAUAAAUUACUGGUAUCAAGAUGAACCUAAAAUUUAGCACCUGGCAAGAUAAAAUCGUAACCAUUGGUUGCCACCUAAUGAGAAGUCUCCCCAAACGUAUUGUGUCAUUUACAUUAUAGCUAUCUUAUUGAUUGUAGUUUUCAUUAAUUUUUAGGACUGGUUAUACUUGUCAAUCACCAGGACAAUUUUCAAAGGACUGUUUAACUCAAUAAUUUUCACUUUCAUUGAUAUUGAUAGUCUGUAAAAAUUACAUAUACCGUUUUAUAUGCACCUAAGAGUUUUAUAUGCACUUUCCUGAUUUUUAAGAAUAAAAGCUAAGCAAAACCUUUGAAAACUGUUUGAUUUUUGUUUAGGCAAUAAUUGUUGCCAUCCCAAUAAAUACUUUGCGUCAAAUAAGUUUCAAACCAAAGCUUCAUAAUGAUGAAUCCCAGUUGGCGAUGAGAAAAUGUGUUGAAGCUAUGGAAGAUAUUUCUAUUGUGCAAUCAACAAAAGUUUAUAUUCAGACCAAACAGAUAUUCUGGGAAAAUGAAGGAAUCAAAGGUGGUUUUUCUAAGACAAACCUUCCCAUAGGUCAGAUUCAUUAUCUCACUCCGGAAGAUCCCAACACAAAAGAAGGACUUGUUUUGAUCUACACAUGGAAAAAUGAAGCUCUGCUUUUUGGAUCUAUGAAAGAAGAGCAAGUGAAACAAAAGGUGAUGAAACAACUCGCAGAAAUCCAUCCGGCAUUCAAAGAAGACAUGGUGACAACAUGUAUUGUUCAUGCUUGGUAUAACCAGCCAUCUUAUCAAGGAGCGUAUGGAACAAUGAAAGCUGCUCAACACAAAAAUAUAAGGUGUGCAUGAUAUGGGGUAACGCAUAAUUCUUUAAUUGAAGUGAUAGGUUAAGAAACGAGAUUAUUUUUAAUAAGAUAAUACUGUAAACAUGCUCGUCGCAUUUUUUUCAAUGUUUUUCACAAAAAUCUCUGUAAAAUUGUUGUUUUUUAUAUACUUAGAAAUAACGUCAAAUACAAGUUAUAACAUUUUAUGGAUAA